GCAAGCCUCCAUUCUGUCCUCCACUUUGCAAAGCUGCCGCUGCGUGUUUUGUGUUGUUUUUUCUUCGAGAGCGCUUCCCGUAUCGUGAUUUUGUUCGGUUGAAGGGGUUUGUGUGCAGUGUGUAGAGCAUUCCUCUUUUUAUUUACAUCAGGUCUUGGAGAAGAGCAAUUAGUUACACGAGAUGGACGGAAAGAAGUUCCGAACCCAGAUGGGGGACCUGGCCAUGGGCACGGCCCUCAAUGCGGCUGCACGGGAUUACCAGAAGGAGAUGUUAGCUGAAUAUAAGGCCCAAUCUAGCCAACCGAAGCAUGAAGAAGUAGAUAUCGAUGAUCUUUUGAAUGUACCGUCUCGUUCUUCCUCAGCAUUCCUGGAUCCGGAGCUAGAAAGGCUUCAUGCUGAGCGAAUUAAUGCUAUGAAGAGAGAAGCAGAGAAGAGGCAAAAAUUGCAACAGCAGGGAUAUGGAGAAUACAGACUGGUAACUGAAGGGGACUUUCUGACGGAAGUAACCAAGAGCCCAAGGGUAAUUUGUCAUUUCUUUCAUCGAGAGUUCAUUCGUUGCAAGAUUAUGGAUAAGCACUUGAAACUCCUGACUCCUAAGUAUUUUGAUACUAAGUUUAUAUGCAUCGAUGCAGAGAAUUGCCCAUUCUUCGUUACCAAGUUGGGAAUCAAGGUGUUGCCUUGUGUGAUUCUAUUUAGGGAUGGAGUGGCAGUUGAUAGAAUAGUAGGAUUUCAAGAACUUGGAGGUGUCGAUGAUUUCGCUACCAAAGCUUUAGAGUCUCGGCUUCUUAAAGCAGAUUUACUUGUCCCUAAAAGAGCUGUGGAUGAAGAUGGCGAGGAGAAAGUAGUGAGAACGGUUCGGUCGACAGUGUACGCAGAUUCCGACUCGGAGUGAGCAGUGCUCUGUUUCCCUAUGUGUUCUAACGAAUGAGAAUCCAGCUCGCUUGGACCUGUACAACCAGGCAUGGGAUAUGUCGUGUGUCAAGAUAACUUGACAUCAUCCGACUUCGCCUGAAGACAAGAUGGUAGCCAACUCAGAGGCGACUGUACUAACUCUGAAAAUUCCAAGACUGCCUCUUCGCUACUCGUUUAUGUAGAAAGGAUGUUUUGAGAGUCCAAGGGAUUUGGUUUCCUGUAUACAUUUUAAUAUCCUUGUCAACCUGACGACGUUGAAGGGAUAGCAACAUGCCAACAGUGAAGAUGAGCACUUAGUUUCGGGUUGCCCAUAUUCACUUUUUAUCGUACGCUGAGUGUAUUUUCAAAUUCGCACUGAAAUGAAGAAUUGGACUGCAUUUUGCAACUACGUCGUUUAUUCAUCUCUUUGGCACUAAAA